CCAAAGAGCUCACUGGAGGCGGAGGGGCAGCAGCCAGCAGCCCGCUGACAGAGCCUCGGUCAGCAUGGGGGUGACAGGUGCCAAUGGAUUUCCCUGCUGUGGCAAGGAGUCAGUGGACAUUGUGGAGACGCAGGGCACCAUAACCCAACACCAGUUCCAGCAGGCACAAGAAAAAGAGGAGACUGAGCCGGAGAAAGAAUUGCUAGAACUGAAGCCCGUGCAGAAAGAGGACCUGGACCUUAAGCCAAAAGUGGAGCUGGAGCCCGAGCCAAAGCCCAAGGACCCUGAGCAGCAGGAGUAUAGGACAGAGUUCCUCCAGCCCUUCCCGCAGCAGGACAUCAGCCAGUGGAGCGUGAGGUCCAAUUCCAGCUACCUGAGUGCUGCCGAGGAGGGCAGGGCGUCCGCCAACCAUCGCUCCAUCCGCGUGCAGACCUCCAAGCACCUCUUCUGGGCAGACAAACUCAUCCAGGCUUCCGAACACAGCCUGCAGCAGGCGGUCGGCAGGCAGCCGGACAAGAAGAGUACAGGUAAGGCCACCAGCCAUCAGGACCAGCAGUCCAACCUCAAGGACGCCACGUGCUCCAAGCAGCAGCUCCAGAGCCCCCACGCCCAGCCAGCUCCUCCGGCUGCAGAUGCCCAGCAGCCACCGGAUCCCCACCCGGCCUCCCCCAGUCCCUCACCAGCCAUCGGCCUGGCAGAGCUGAUCAACUUUGCGUCUUCCUUGGCCGUGGCCUCCUCCAGCAAUAUGGACUUGCCCAAAUUGGAGCAUAUGAUCAAAGCUCCACCGCAGAAGGCCGAGGCGCCUUCUACAGAUCCUGCCGUGCCACCGGCCGUGGACCAGCCGGAGAAGGAAGAGCUCGCUAAGGAAUGGCUAGAGAAACCACUUGAAGCAGGGGAGCCACAGAAAGCUUGGAAGCAGGAAGACAAGAGCUUCCCCCACUCUUACCUUGACUUCAACAAGCCAGGGGUCAAGAGGGCCACCAUCGAGGGGGAAGUGAAGCUUCUCCAGGCACCGACCAUAUCCACUCCGCCUCAAGGAGCCGUGGAAGAGCCUCCACAGAAGCCUCGAAGACUGCCUCCACCAGACCCAGGACAGGAGCAGCCCUGCAGGACGCAGAAGGGGAGGCCGCAGCAGCCUGCUGCCCUGCCGACCCAGGUGGAGCCAGCAUCCAUCAGGGCCACAGGGGCUGAGCAGGCUUCCCCGAGGGCCAGGGAGUGCAAGCGCCUUGCAGCUACCCGUUUGGUGCAGUCUGGCUCAGGUUCUGGGUCUCAGAGCAGAAGCAGCUGUGCAGAUGAGAACCUGCUACCCAUGACACCCCGGCAGCUGGCAGCGUUCCAGGAGAUCUUCAAACUGUUCAACCCCAGCCCGACAGGCACUGUGGACAUGCGCAGCAUGAGAGCUGCCCUGCGCCACGUGGGUAUCCAGCUGAGCCCUCAGGAGUUGUGUGAGGCUCUGCGGCAGGCAGACCUGGACGGUGAUGGAACUGUAAGCUUCAAAGACUUCCUGGGUGUCCUUACCGACAGCUACCGCCUGGCUCAGUGCUUGGGCCAGGCGAGGAACAGCCGGUUCUAUGACCCCCAGGGCCUACAGACCCUGUUCUUAGAGAUUCUGUUCAAGCUGAUGAGCCAGGGCUUUGUCCCCCACAAGUUGGUGCAGGAGGUGAUGAGCUACUACACCAAGAAGCAGCGGGCUCUGCGGCCGAACCCAGGCUGGAAGGACCGGUGGCGUGACCACAGCCGCUCCGCGGGCACUCCCGGGGGCCUCACCUUCUUCUGCCAGGCCGCGCGCCUCAGCGGCCUCUCCAGCAAUGAGCUGGAGCUCUCGCUGCACAGACUAAACAAAGCGGGUGCGCGCAGCCCCUACUCUCAGAUCCCUAACUUGGCGAGGGAGACACCGCCAGAAAACAGGAGGCAGAAACGAGCCCCGCGCCCUAACGUCCGACUUCUCAAGUCCUGCCAGCCCAGCAGCCACAAGCUUGGGCCCAACCAAGGGUCUCUCAGCGCCGAGUUCGUGGGCCAGCCAGCAGACCACGUGCGCCCCUCGAAGUUGACUCCCUCGCCCCCAACUCUAGUGCAGAAGCAGCCCUCCUCCCCUUCGCCAGCCUGUUUGCAGAAAUCUGCUAUGAAAAAUGUGUACAAGUAAAGCGUUUGCGGAGAAAAACAGGCUGCGUGUGAUGGGGCAGGCACAGAGCGGACAAGGA